AUGACGAUGAAACAAGAAGCUGCCGCAAGACAACAAAACGCCAAAUCUGAGACUGCAAGUCGGACUGUUGCGUUGGUAGUGUGGACGGGCUCAAAGCUUCACACCUCAAUGGAUAUUGUAGUGACAUACCCUGUCAACAUGCGUAAACUUCUGAUACUUUUCCCAAAAGUCAAUCCUGAUAUAUGCCAUGAUGUCGAACGGCACCUAGCCUCUGUAUCCACUGGUGGAAAGAAAGCUAGCAUGUCGUUGUGUGCCUUUAUUCAGCGCAAAAGUACAUCAACACAUAAAAACAAGGGGCCGGCUACGAUUAUCAAUUUGAGGUCUUCCGCAGAGCCUGAGAGUGAGUUGUCUACACCGCUUGCCCAAAGGACUAUAACCCAACUUCUCCAGUACACACCUCAAUUUGACACAAUGAUCACUUCGCCACUUGCAGGACAUCAUGUAUCACGCCAAAACAACAAGCGCCACCGCUCUCCGUCUCUUAAUAAUCCCAAUAUCGAGCUGUCUCCACCUGAAGACGAACCCAACAAACUGUCUAUCAACGGACCGUCUAUCAACAAUUCCAAUUUCAAGCAGCCUCCACCUGAAGACGAUCCCAACGGACAUCUAGCACAGCCAAGUCGUCCUGCAAAGUCACUGACGCCCGCAAGUAUCAAUUUCUUGCUGAGUGGAGGAAGACAGACCACACACGUUUUGCCAAGAUUAAUAGUAGUACGCCCCAACGCGUAA